AUGUCCAAAAACGAAACCACUCCAGGCUUCCCUAUGAAGGGCUUGAUCCUUCCUGCCUCGGUGAUCUUGCCCAAGAAGGAUCGCUACGCCCCUGCCAUUCAUGCGCUGAUCGACAACGAAGCCCACUUCAACAUCACCUUCGAGAUGAUCAACCCCUACAUCCUGCGCCGUGACCAAGGACUCCGCACCGGUCAUCCUGUCUUUACCGGGUUCGUGUGGUGCACUGAGCAUCUUGCCCUCGCUCGUCGCUACAUUUUCUUCAUCCUCCGAGGCUUCGUCAGAUACGAGGCCCGAGUCCUUCGAAGCUUUCCCGGUCUCGCGGGGCUCGGUCGUACCGCCGAAGCUUUGAUCAAGAAGAACAAGGUGUACGACAGGCGCUCCACUCUCACGAAGGAGACCUGCCACCAUUACGAUCUCUUUGGCAGCCACACCGAUCUCGCUGCCUUUUUCGCGAUCUACACCGCUCUCGUUUGCCCUUUUGAUUCUGCUGAGUGUGCUCGCAUCGCUCCCUUCUUUUCGCUCCACUCCAGAUCUGAGCGUCGUUUGUGUACCCGUUUUGGUGUCCCCAAUACCUUCGAGCGCUUGCGUGCCCAUGCUGUCAGAGGAUGUACCAUUCCUUCCAUCUCGAUCGACAACUCGCGUGCCUACCCCUACUUCAUUUCUUUCCCCGAUUACUUGCGUCUUGUCGUCGAUUGCGACUUCAAGGUCUUGAGGGACAUCGACACCGAUGAUGAUUUUUUGAGGAGCAAGUAUCCAGAACUCGAUACCCCAGCUCCCGUGGCUCCCACCGAGGCUCAGGUAGAUACUCCUGAUACUGAGGUCGACCUCACUGAGAGUGUGCCCGAGCCCGACGAAAACAGCGGUACAGUCGAUCCCGUCGAGAGCAUUGUGCAGCCGAUUCCUGCUACCCCCACCGAGGCCCCAUCCGAUCAGGGAGACGACCUUGCCAGCGAGGAGCUCGACGAAGACACGAUCGUGGUCGACCAAGACGAUCAUGCAAUGGAGGACGUUGCUGUUGUUGCUGAACCCACAGUUACCCCGACCGCCGUGUCGAGCAAGGAUGCCACCGUCUCCUUGAAGAGAAAGCGCGACGUCCAAGAUCGGGCCGAAGACGAUUCGUAUAUCGUCCCUGUUUUGGUCUCGGCCAUCCCAUCGGAUGAGAAGAGUUUGCUUCAUGAGCAAUUCUGGGAGGGCCGGCAGAAGUUGCUUGCGAUGAAAACCCUGGAGUCUUUGGGUCGAGCCAGCAACGGCAAUCACGAGACGAUCCAAUUUUUGGCUCAGAGUAUCCUUGUUCUCGUCAAUGGACAAAGUCCACCUGUCGCGGACACUCAACCCAAGCCUGCUGCUCCUGUGAUCGAGGAGCUUCCCGACGAACGCUGGUCCUUCCAGAAGCUCGAUGUGGCCGCCCUCAAGGCUGCCUUUGCCGAGCCUGUCGAUCCCAACCCCGCCAACUUCAAGACGGUUCGCCAGCUCAUCGACGCUGAUGCUGGGUUGAAGGAGUACUUUGGAAUCAGCGCCAAUGGCAGCAAGUUCGAUUUGCUCGCUCGCAUUGUUAGUGUCUGGUUCGAAGAGCUCUUGGUGACAGCUGGUGUUUCGAUCGCCACUUGGAGAUCCAACAUCUCUCAGAUUCGAGGCGCUGUUGUCACAGGCUACAUCUCCCAGCUUCACCCCUUCAUCGUGGUCAUUGCGCACUUGUUCAUCUUUGAUGCAACGACCACGAACACCUUUCUCGCAAUGAAGGCAAAGUAUGGUGCUCGCCUUGUCAUCUAG